AUGAUCGUUGUCAGCUGGAACUGUCGUGGAAUGGCGGCCCCAUCGGCAGUGUCUGAACUAAGGAGUAUUUGUAAAUAUCUUAGGCCGUCUGUUUUGUUUCUUAUGGAGACUAAAGCUAGCAAUCUUAGCUGUGUUAGGCUUAAAAGAACUUUGGGUUUUGAUAAUAUGUUUUGUGUUGAAUCCCGGGGGUUGUCCGGGGGGCUGUGUCUGUUUUGGAAAAAUAAUCUAAGUGUUAAUGUUUAUGCCUGGUGUGAUAGCUUUAUUAAAGCUCGGAUAAGCGUUACUAAUGAUAUAGAUUGGGAAGGGAUUUUUGUUUAUGGCCAUCCCAAUUAUAUGAGAAGAAAGGAGUUAUGGAAUGAGUUAACUUAUGUAAAUAAUAAUCUGCAUGUACCAAGGGCUUUUAUUGGGGACUUCAAUGAUGUAAUUUCACAGCAUGAGAAAGUGGGUCUGCAUCCAAAGCCGACUAGUCAGAUUGAUACUUUUAGGCGUUUUGUAGAUAAGAAUGCUCUCAUGGACUUGGAAUUACAAGGGACAAAAUAUACAUGGUUUAGUAACCCUAGGAAUGGUUUUGUUACUAAAGAAAGGAUAGAUAGAGUGCUUGCUAAUUGGGAGUGGAGGAAAGCUUUCCAACAUGCCACCCUUUCUGCCUUACCAGCUGUUUCUUCUGAUCAUACGCCUUUAGUUCUCAAUGUCAAACCCAGGGGAAAAAGGAGUGGAUGCUUUAAAUUUGAGGCUUUUUGGACUGAUCAUGCUGAUUGUGGUAAUAUCAUAAAGAGAGGAUGGAACAGUGUCUGUAAUACUACAGUUGAUCAUUGGACCAAUUUAACUCGAAGGAUGAAUAGUUGUAAAUAA